AAUCGGUAUGGAUGGCGGACAACUCUAUCCACAAAACUGCUUUCCGAACUCGGUAUUGAUCGUACGAGUAUUUGGUAAUGCCGUUCGGACUCACCAACGCACCGGCAACGUUCCAAGCCAAAAUGAACCACAUUCUACGACCACUUUUGGACGAGUGCGUGGUGGUGUACCUGGACGACAUCCUCAUCUACUCGCGCAGCAGCCUGGAUUUCAUACCGGGCUACCAACUACCGCAAGCGGUCAUGACGCAAUCGUCGUCGUCAUCAACAAAUUCUCUAAGAUGGGACAAUUCAUCCCGACACACACGACAGCACGCACCGAAGAGACAUCACAACUAGUCGUUCACUACAUCAUCCCACAACAUGGCAUUCCAACCACACUCAUCUCCAACCAAGACCCCAAGUUCACCAGCAAGUUCUGGAAGGAACUGAUGUCUCUUCUCGGGACAAAACUUGCCAUGUCGUCCGCCUACCAUCCGCAGACAGAUGGACAGACCGAGCGCCUCAACCAAAUUGUAGAGCAACUCCUCCGCGCAGUAUGCAAAGACGAAAUCUCUAAAUGGGACUUGUAUCUGCCCAUCCUGGAGUUUGCCUACAACAACGCCACUCAUGCCACUACUGAACAGACGCCGUUCUUCCUCUGUUACAGAUGCCACCCGCUAAAGCCACAAAAACCGACAGCAUCAGCCACAGCAUGAGCAGCGGGUACAGAUCCCACAAGGUCCACCCAUUUGUGUCGGGGAGUUAGGAGCAAAGCGCGUACUUCCAGAUAUGGACGAAAAAGCCAAGACAAGUCUCACGUGAUGAAUUGACUCUGUCGCAAGUGAGGCAUCAGAAUAGGGUUUAGGGUGAUGCGAGAGGAUAAUGACAAGGCAAGAGGCGAGCGGCUCUCGCUGGAGGAGAGGCGACGCGAUAGGAGAGGCUUUGCGGUAGGAGAGAGGGGACGCGAAGGAAUGUAGCGACUCGAUAAGAGAGAGGCCUCGCGGUAGGAUAGAGUGAGACGAGGCGAGGGGAGAGAUGUGAGCUGAGAGGAGAGAAGUAAGGCGUGAGGAGACAGACGACGCGGGGAGGACAGAGGCGACGCAAGAGGAGAUGGGCGGAUCGAAAUUCGAGAGGCGACGCCAGAGGAAAUAGCGACACGUGGUGAGAAGAGAGAGUUUCGGGCUCCAGGACCAGCACAAUGGCGCAUCCCAGCAUAAACUCCCUCGGCUACGCUUUCUUUUGCGGAAUGCAACGACUGGGCCUUUGUGCUCAGAUUCCAUCCCAAAAGCAACUACAAAAGACUAUCACCGGCACAUGCAUGAUCUAGGCAAUGCAGCAAAGUGUAUUUUGAGCCAUCGGUCAAACCCAAUGACUUUCACUAGGUUAGUUGAGAAACUGUCAGGAGGCAUCCCGCCUUGCAAUAUCGGCAUGGAGGGAAAUGAGAGCCACAUCUUCUCCCACAACCCCCCACGCACAGUGCAUGUUUGUAGUAUUACACAUAGAAUGUAACAUGCUAUCAAAAUAUGAGUAGCAAAGCUCCGAGCUAGUUGGC